AUGGAAGGCGCGCGAAAGUACCCCGAGGACAAGGCCGUCGGGCCCGAUGUGACACAAGAUGUGAGCAGUGGCGAGUUGAUAGACGACAAUCAUGGAUUGAAGCGACACUUGAGCAACCGUAAGGUCCAAAUGAUCGCUAUAGGUGGUGCCAUUGGAACCGCCAUGUUCGUCAGUAUCGGUGGCGCAUUGAAUACGGGAGGUCCGGCCGGCUUACUGUUGGCUUACGGGUUGUAUUCAUGCGUGAUCGCCCUCGUUAAUAAUUCCAUGGCCGAGAUGGCGAUUUACAUGCCUGUCAACGCCUCCUUCAUCCGCCACGCUUCGGUCUGGGUCGACGAUGCCUGGGGUUUCAUGGCCGGCUGGAACUUUUUUCUCUACGAGGCCAUUUUGAUUCCAUUCGAGAUUAGUGCCUUGAACCUGGUCAUCCGAUUUUGGAGUGACUCUGUGCCGGUUGGAGCUAUUUGCGCUGCUUGUAUUGUGACUUACGGAUGGUACGGAGAAGCCGAAUUUUGGCUAUCUUGGGGAAAACUUCUUCUAAUGGGGAUUGUUUUUGCUUUCACUUUUGUCACCAUGGUUGGAGGUAACCCUAAGCACGAUGCAUACGGUUUCCGGUACUGGAACAAUCCUGGCCCAUUUGCCGAAUAUCUAUCUGGAGGUGCCAUGGGCCGAUGGGAAGGUUUCCUUGGAGCUUUGUGGGCUGCUAGUUUUGCUAUCGUUGGCCCAGAAUAUAUGGCCAUGGUAGCUGGAGAGGCCAAACUUCCUCGUAUUACGGUCAAACGUGCUUUCAAAGCUGUGUAUAUCCGCUUCGGUGUUUUCUUCAUUGGAGGUGCCAUCUGCGUCGGGAUCGUGCUCCCAUCCAACGACAAGACCCUCGUUGCCAAUGAAGGUAGCGGAACCGGUGCUGCUUCGCCAUAUGUCAUUGCCAUGCAAAACCUCGGUGUCAGCGGUCUGCCGCACUUGGUCAAUGCAUUGCUAGUAACGUCUAUAUACUCUGCUGGUGACGCAUACGUGUAUUGCGCCUCCCGAACUCUGCACGGAUUAGCCCACGAUGGACACGCUCCUGCUUUCUUGAAGAAAUGCACCAAAUCAGGUGUCCCAAUCUAUUGCCUUCUGAUCACUAUGCUCUUCCCAUUUUUGUCUCUGCUCCAGCUAUCAAAUGGUGCUUAUGUGGUCCUUACCUGGCUUAUAAACAUCGUUACAGCCGGUGGUAUUAUUGAUUACAUUGUUAUCUGUGUCAACUACAUAUUCUUUUGGCGUGCCUGUAGAGCCCAGGGAGUCAACCGUCGCGAAUUCGCAUACUACGCCUAUCUCCAACCUUGGAGUACUGUCUUCGCCCUCUGCUUCGAGAUUUGCGUUGUUGUAUGCUACGGCUACGUCAACUUCAUGCCUGGGAGCUUCGAUAUCUCUUCUUUUUUCACUCACUACGCUAUGGUCUUCGCAGCUAUUAUUCUCUUCUUCUUCUGGAAGAUUUUCAAGCGCACCAAAUUUGUUAAGCCUCACGAAGCAGAUUUGGUCUGGGAUCGACCGGCUAUUGAGCAAUAUGAACUGACGACUCUUGAUCAGGAUAUUGGUUUCUGGAGAGAAAUUCUAGAGAUUGUUGGCUUGAAGAAGAAGAAGAAGGUGUCAGGGGAAGAGGCAAUGACUUUUUAG